GUGGGGGAGAUCUAUUGACCCUAUAGAUAUAUUAGCAUCAGGGAGACAGGGCAAAGGUUUCACCCUUCAGUUCGGUCCCCAAUCCCUGCUUAUUAUUUCCCUAACAGAAGACCAUCCCCCUUGCCACUCCCUGGUUUUUCUUCUCUGGCAGCAAUGAAGCAGCUGCUGACCCAGCUCUAGUUUUCGGGAAGUCAGAUGACCUUUUCCCUCCCGCGGCUCUCUACCUCUCGCUGCCCCUAGGGAGGACACCAUGGGCCCACUGAUGGUUCUUUUUUGCCUGCUGUUCGUGUACACAGGUCUGGCAGACUCGGCUCCCUCCUGCCCUCAGAACGUGAAUAUCUCGGGUGGCACCUUCACCCUCAGCCAUGGCUGGGCUCCUGGGAGCCUUCUCACCUACUCCUGCCCCCAGGGCCUGUACCCAUCCCCAGCAUCACGGCUGUGCAAGAGCAGUGGACAGUGGCAGACCCCAGGAGCCACCCGGUCUCUGUCUAAGGCGGUCUGCAAACCUGUGCGCUGUCCAGCCCCUGUCUCCUUUGAGAAUGGCAUUUAUACCCCACGGCUGGGGUCCUACCCCGUGGGUGGCAAUGUGAGCUUCGAGUGUGAGGAUGGCUUCAUAUUGCGGGGCUCGCCUGUGCGUCACUGUUGCCCCAACGGCAUGUGGGAUGGAGAAACAGCUGUGUGUGAUAAUGGGGAGUCUAGCUCUUGUUGCCCAGGCUGGAGUGCAAUGGCGCAAUCUCAGCUCACCGCAACAUCUGCCUCCCGGGUUCAAGUGACUCUCCUGCCUCAGCCUCCCAAGAAGCUGGGAUUACGGCAUGCGCCACCAUGCCUCGCUGGCCACUGCCCCAACCCAGGCAUUUCACUGGGCGCAGUGCGGACAGGUUCCCGCUUUGGUCAUGGGGACAAGGUCCGCUAUCGCUGCUCCUCGAAUCUUGUGCUCACGGGGUCUUCGGAGCGGGAGUGCCAGGGCAACGGGGUCUGGAGUGGAACGGAGCCCAUCUGCCGCCAACCCUACUCUUAUGACUUCCCUGAGGACGUGGCCCCUGCCCUGGGCACUUCCUUCUCCCACAUGCUUGGGGCCACCAAUCCCACCCAGAAGACAAAGGAAAGCCUGGGCCGUAAAAUCCAAAUCCAGCGCUCUGGUCAUCUGAACCUCUACCUGCUCCUGGACUGUUCGCAGAGUGUGUCGGAAAAUGACUUUCUCAUCUUCAAGGAGAGUGCCUCCCUCAUGGUGGACAGGAUCUUCAGCUUUGAGAUCAAUGUGAGUGUUGCCAUUAUCACCUUUGCCUCCAAGCCCAAAGUCCUCAUGUCUGUCCUGAACGACAACUCCCGGGAUAUGACUGAGGUGAUCAGCAGCCUGGAAAAUGCCAACUAUAAAGAUCAUGAAAAUGGAACUGGGACUAACACUUACGCGGCCUUAAACAGUGUCUAUCUCAUGAUGAACAACCAAAUGCGAAUCCUUGGCAUGGAAACGAUGGCCUGGCAGGAAAUCCGACAUGCCAUCAUCCUUCUGACAGAUGGAAAGUCCAAUAUGGGCGGCUCUCCCAAGACAGCUGUUGACCGUAUCAGAGAGAUCCUGAACAUCAACCAGAAGAGGAAUGACUAUCUGGACAUCUAUGCCAUCGGGGUGGGCAAGCUGGAUGUGGACUGGAGAGAACUGAAUGAGCUAGGGUCCAAGAAGGAUGGUGAGAGGCAUGCCUUCAUUCUGCAGGACACAAAGGCUCUGCACCAGGUCUUUGAACAUAUGCUGGAUGUCUCCAAGCUCACAGACACCAUCUGCGGGGUGGGGAACAUGUCAGCAAACGCCUCUGACCAGGAGAGGACACCCUGGCAUGUCACUAUUAAGCCCAAGAGCCAAGAGACCUGCCGGGGGGCCCUCAUCUCCGACCAAUGGGUCCUGACAGCAGCUCAUUGCUUCCGCGAUGGCAACGACCACUCCCUGUGGAGGGUCAAUGUGGGAGACCCCAAAUCCCAGUGGGGCAAAGAAUUCCUUAUUGAGAAGGCGGUGAUCUCCCCAGGGUUUGAUGUCUUUGCCAAAAAGAACCAGGGAAUCCUGGAGUUCUAUGGUGAUGACAUAGCUCUGCUGAAGCUGGCCCAGAAAGUAAAGAUGUCCACCCAUGCCAGGCCCAUCUGCCUUCCCUGCACGAUGGAGGCCAAUCUGGCUCUGCGGAGACCUCAAGGCAGCACCUGUAGGGACCAUGAGAAUGAACUGCUGAACAAACAGAGUGUUCCUGCUCAUUUUGUCGCCUUGAAUGGGAGCAAACUGAACAUUAACCUUAAGAUGGGAGUGGAGUGGACAAGCUGUGCCGAGGUUGUCUCCCAAGAAAAAACCAUGUUCCCCAACUUGACAGAUGUCAGGGAGGUGGUGACAGACCAGUUCCUAUGCAGUGGGACCCAGGAGGAUGAGAGUCCCUGCAAGGGAGAAUCUGGGGGAGCAGUUUUCCUUGAGCGGAGAUUCAGGUUUUUUCAGGUGGGUCUGGUGAGCUGGGGUCUUUACAACCCCUGCCUUGGCUCUGCUGACAAAAACUCCCGCAAAAGGGCCCCUCGUAGCAAGGUCCCGCCGCCACGAGACUUUCACAUCAAUCUCUUCCGCAUGCAGCCCUGGCUGAGGCAGCACCUGGGGGAUGUCCUGAAUUUUUUACCCCUCUAGCCAUGGCCACUGAGCCCUCUGCUGCCCUGCCAGAAUCUGCCGCCCCUCCAUCUUCUACCUCUGAAUGGCCACCCUUAGACCCUGUGAUCCAUCCUGUCUCCUAGCUGAGUAAAUCCGGGUCUCUAGGAUGCCAGAGGCAGCACACACAAGCUGGGAAAUCCUCAGGGCUCCUACCAGCAGGACUGCCUCGCUGCCCCACCUCCCGCUCCUUGGCCUGUCCCCAAAUUCCUUCCCUGGUUGACUUGACUCAUGCUUGUUUCACUUUCACAUGGAAUUUCCCAGUUAUGAAAUUAAUAAAAAUCAAUGGUUUCCA